AUGAGUGACCAUGGUAUCUACUCGAGGGAGAGGCUUUUGAUACCAAUCAGUAACCCGAAAAUUCUGUCGGGCAGCACCUGCUACAUUGAGAUGGAUCACAACGCAAAGAGGGAGGUUGCAGUCUUUUAUCCCGAGGGCGGCCCCGGUGGAAAAACUGAAUCUUCGGCAAACACUGUUUCUGCGGAGAGACGAAGCAGAAGGAUUCUCGAGUCCGUCAGGCGAAGCUUGCACGUUGAUGAUGGGACGGCUGCAUACUACUUGUCCAUUACAGACGGCGAUCCAAGGGCUGCCAUGAUGGAGUUCUCUGAAGACCUAAGGCAGGAGCAGCAACGAGCAGGCCACUAG